UGUGUAUUGCCUAAUAGGAAAUUCUUCUGGGAUCCUGAGAGGUGUGGCCCCUGGGGUUUCCAGUGAUCAGCUGGGGGAGGGAUAAGUGCGCCCAUGGGAGAGAAGAAAGCAGAGUGUGUUACCAGGAUUUGCUUAGUCCUCUGGGAAUGGGUCCAGAGAGCGAGGAGAGACUGCAGCAAGUGCUCUGUUACAGAGCUGUGGCGGAGACUUGGGGACUGGGCUUGGAGGAAUGGAGGGAGAGGUGAAGAUCUGCAGUUAGUCUACUUGAUUUGCUGGCCAGAGUGGUCUGCGGGUUUCCAGGAAACCUAGGGCAAGAAAUUCUCUCAAUUAUAUACAAAAAUAUUUUGCAGAAUUUAAAUAGAAUGUUACAGGCUUCAUGUUGGGAGCAUGGACACAGGUUAUAGCGUUAAGUCAUUGACGGUGUAGGGAAUCUUCACAAUGGUGGUUAACUGUGUUGCAAUAAAGACACCAGGACCCAUUUUUCUCAACUCUUCACUGAAGGUUGUUUACUUCCUUGGAUGCAGACCUGUUCACUACAGAGUAGAGCCCGGCUACCAGGUUGUCUUUCUUAAGUGUGAGGUUGUCAGAGGAAAAGGCAAACGACAUCAGUGCCCAGGUGUCAGCGUGAAGCAGCUGAUUUGGAAAAUAGUUCCUUUGAGGCCUGUUUGGAUGAGAGUCAUUGAGAUCACAAAAGGAAGCAGCUGGAGCAGCAAACACAGCCAGGCAUUGGGACCAGUGUUUCUAGAGACACAAAACAUGUGUGGUUUUUGUUUCAACUUCUUGAUUUUCCUGGAUCCAAAUCUUUAGGACAUACGACUUGAACCUACCCUAUCCGGGAGGUCAGAAUGCUGCUCCUCUGCCACAUUCUGGCUAUGACCAUCCUUCAGAUGCUGAUCUUCUCAGAAAACUGGGUAUUUGCCAAGAACAUUAACUUCUACAACGUGAGGCCUCCUCUUGACCCCACCCCAUUCCCAAACAGCUUCAAGUGUUUUACCUGUGAAAAUGCCGGGGAUAAUUAUAAUUGCAAUCGAUGGGCAGAAGACAAGUGGUGUCCACAGGACACACAGUAUUGUUUGACAGUUCACCACUUCACCAGCCGCGGAAGAAGUACAUCCAUCACUAAAAAGUGUGCCUCUAAAAAUGAAUGUCAUUUUGUCGGCUGCCGUCACAGCCGGGACUCGGAACACACGGAGUGCAGGUCUUGCUGUGAAGGAAUGAUCUGUAAUGUAGAGUUGCCUACCAACCACACAAAUGCAGUCUUUGCUGUGAUGCACGCACAGAGGACAUCUGGAAGCACUGUCCCCACACCCUACCUCCCGGUGCUGGCUUGGCUCGUCAUGCUUCCCUUGCUAUGAUGUUACUGCUCCUAGGACUGGCUGAGACCAGCACUGUAAAGCACCAGGCAGAGACAGUGGACUGGUGAACUUUGGAGCGAAGGCCCAUCUUGCACUUGAUAAAGAGGAUACAUUGGACCCCAAAGCAGAAGGCAGAGGUUUGCUUUGCUGAACUGCUCCUGCAUGAGGUCACAGCACUGAGCAUGAGGACUUGGUAGGAGCCAAGAGGACUACAUAACUUCCAGUGUCGUGGUCUAGGGGCGCUGCAUACUUCUGUCAGAAGAUCCACCAGUAUUGUUGAGGGUAACAGUAGCUUGAUAAACCCCAGCCUGACCAGACUUUCAUCUGGAAGGACUUUUUGACCUCAUGGACUCCCUCGGAGGCUGCUGGAUCAGACUCUCUAGCUUCUGUGAUUAGCUCAGAGCAUCUCUGUGAAAUUUAAUCCUAACCACAGCAGUUUCUCUACUGUGUUAACUUUCCAUUAUUGGAACAAGAACCUAAGAUGAUCCAUUUCUAAAGAUGAAUGGUUUGUUUGGGCUCAUAGGUUUGGAGAUUGCAGUACAUACUGUUUGGGGGCUUGUGUUAGAGAGUGAAUAGUUACUCACUCAUAACAGAGACUUGAGAAGGAGGAAGUAUGGGCUAGAGAGAUGGCUUAGCAGUGAAGGGCACUAAUUGAUCCCCUGAGGACACAGGUUUGAUUCCCAGCACUCACAUGGCAGUUCAUAUACUGAUAACUUCAGUCCCAGGGGAUCCAAUGCC